CCUGCAGACCCAGGUGGGGGAGAGCAGAGCCCUGCUGCACAGGAGGCCCAGCCGCUCCUCCCCCACCACGCUGGCCCUCCAUGGAAGCCUUGGUCUGUGCUUUCUCUGAGCUGCGCAUAAGAGAAGAUGCAGUGAGCUGGGCCCGAGGACAUCCCAGCCACCCCGACACACCACCCAACAUCUACGAGGGGGGGCUGGGGGCCCAGCAGCAGCAGUGCCCCAGUGCCCAGGGAAGCAAGCCCAAGAACUUCCGGCUGCGCCACCUCCGGGGACUGGCUCUCUACCUGCCGGGCCACAUGCAGGCUGCUGGCCAGUGUGAGAGCCACUGGCUAGGCCGGCUCAUGGCCAGGGGCUGCCUCCCACGGCCUGAGGGCAUGGCCUGGCCCCUAGACCUGCCACAGGGGACUCUGGGCUCUGUUAACAGCCAUUGCUCAGCCCUUCUGGAAGCUCCAGUGCCCAGGGACAACCUGGGAAAUACAGCUUCCAGUUCCAGCAUGGACCCAGCCAAGGGUGUCCCCUCCCAGCCGGGUCCCUCCGAAGGCUUGGGGCUCAGGCCCAAGAGGUCCUGGGGGAACUCAGAGGAGUCCACAUGUCCCUUAUGCAAGCGAACCCGCUCUGGGGCUCUGGAGAGACCAUAGGGAUCUGAGUGCCAAGCCUGGCUGUCCCAGCUGUGGACAGGAGGAAAAAGGAUGGCUCAGGAGGAGGCAGGAAGGGCUUAGUCCCUACCGGCAGUCGUCCCACACUGAGACACCCCAGCAGCUGCCCAGCACCAGAGCUUGGGCCAGCCUCAGGAAGAAGACUCAAGGGGGGGAGGGAGGAGGAAGUCCUGCAGGAGGAACAGAAAAA